AUGUUGGGUCUUCGUUCAGAGUUUAGUUAUGGAAUACCACAUCACGUCGUCUCUGGAUGCGCCAAAUUUGGGGUCUUGGAUGUCAGCGGAAAGACACAACUUAUUGUUGCUACUACAACAAAUAAGGUAGCGAUUCACGAUAGCGAAACACUGCUCAAUAUCAAUGAAAAAAUUCUUGCUCUGGAAGUGACUCAACUUGAAACGACUUAUGAUGUGAUCAUUGUUGGCACAGCAUCCCGAGUUUUGGCUUACGAUGCCUACAAAAAUACAAACAUAUUCCAACGUGACAUAACCGAUGGCGUCAACUGCAUACACGUAGGCUUUUACAAUGUCAAGUUUGCAAAAGCGCCAAAAAUGUAUGUCUGUUAA